AUGGAGAGCCUUCUGCUGUGUCGACGAGCCGAGGCCCGCAUCGGAAACGCGAGACACUGCGUCGGGGCGCCGGGAGAGGAGGACAUGCUGGCGACGUGGGUGCGUCGAGGCGACCGCGCCGGGACCCUCGCGAGGGUCCUGGCGAGGGUCCUCGCGCCGGGAGCGGGGGGCGGCACCGGUCCACCGCGCGCGUCGCCGCGAUGGGCGGCGCCCGCGGCGCGCCGUUUCCCCACGUCGCCCGCCGUCGUCGUCGUCGCCGUUCGGGGGUUCGCCGCGCCGUCGAGCCGAGAUGCGCGACACGCGGAUGCACAGGCUCGACGCCGGAUCCACGCUCGAUGGAUGGACAGGAUGGACAGGCUCGACGCCGACAUCAACGAAGCGCCCGACACGCGCGCGUUGAUGCGCGUCGUCCUCAACGAGUGGGACUCGCUCCGGCCCAAGCACGUGGCCGACGCGCUCCGGCGCCUCUCGCGCGUCGCGCCAUGGGACCGCGACGCGAAAUCGAGCGGAGACUUCGGCGACGCCGACUUUGCGCCCAUCGUCCGUCGCGUCGAGGAGAUCGCCUCGGCGCGGUUGGCAGAGCCCGCCCCGGGAAGGACGACAUCGCGAGCCGCCAGACAUCGCGAGCAGCAUCACAUCUUCGAUGAGGAGGCGUUCGCCGUCGUCGCCGCGAACGCGCUCGUGAACCUCGGCAAGCGACGCGCCGCGUUCGAUCCGACCCGCGUCGGAUCCCCUGGCAACCUCGCGUGGCGAGCCGUCCUCGCGCUUCCAGCCGCGCCAAACAAAGCCCCGUACAAGCCCCGUAACGUGAUGCGGCUGUGGUACGCGAUGGCGACGGCACACGACGCGGCGGGAAACGACGCGGGGCGCGAGGCUGCCGUACCGGACUUAACGUGGAACGCGCUCGACGCCAUGUCAAAUAAAAACGCGAGAGACGGCAAACACUUUAACGCGCAAGGCGUGGGGAUCGGCGUGUGGUCGCACGCCAAGACGGGCAAGCCCAUCGCGCCCUCCACGUUGCGCGCGUUCGAGGUUGCGGUGGCGCGCGGCGCCUUCGACCACGUCGCCGCCGUCGGGCAGAACGUGAGUAACUCGCUGUGGGGCCUUGCCAAGCUCGGCCACGUCGUAAGCCGCGUCGCCGUCGAGGACGGGUUCCCGUCGCCCUGGUCCAAGUUCGAAGUCGCCGUUCGCAGGCUCGCGCCGGGAAUGCGCCCGCAGGAGAUUGCAAACACGAUGUACGCGUACGCGCUCAUGGGGACGCCGCCAUCGGCGCCCACGUGGAAAACGUUGGAGCACGAGGCGACGGCGAGAGCCGGCGGGGGGAGGCAAACACAGCUGGACGCGCACGUGCCGUUCGAGAGCAAGGGCAGCUUCGUUCGCCGCCGGACGGAACGCGGUCUGUUCGGGCCGCAGGAGAUGACGAACGUGUGGUGGGCGCACGCGACGCUGGGGAUGCGUCCGAGCCAAUCCGCCCUUUACGCCUACGACGAGACGACGGCUCAGACGGCGUUUCACAUGUCGGCGCAGGACGUGAGCAACACCGCGUACUCGAUGGCGAUGCUGAACGUCUUCUUGAGGCCCGACGCGUUCAGUGCGCUCGAGGGCGCGAUUGCGAGGAACGGGCGGCACAUCGCGGGACAGAACCUUAGUUUAACGCUGUGGGCGUUUGGGGAUUUGGCGGUGAGACCGGGCGCGGCGGCGUCGGCGGCGCUGGCCGACGCUGUGGAGAACAGGCUGCACGACUUGAACUCCCAGAACGUGAACAUGUGCGUGUGGGCGUUCGCCAUACUCGGCAUGACCCCACCGCCCGGGGCGUGGCGGGCGAUGACGCUGGGGAUGGAGGAGGUCAUCGACCACCUGAAACCGCACGAGGUGAUGAACGCGGUGUGGGCCAUGGCUGCGGCGCACGUCACCGGGGAGAAGUUGCCGCUGACGCCGGCGUACGCGAUGGCUUGGCGACGGCUGUGUUCCAUACCCGUGGACGGGUUCGCGCGGAGCGAAUCCCGCGCGAUGACGCGUUCUCCCGGGGUUCAUCCCCGGGGGUCCAUCGAAAGGUCGGAUCGCGCCAAGAUUGGAAUCAUUCACCACGCGCGGCUCAUUCACGAGCGGCUGUUCCCCCCCGAGAGCGCGGCGUCGGUGGAUAUCGGCGCCAUCAUGCCGCACGAGAUGGCGCUCGCGACCGCGCGGGACUUUCGCGCCGACGUGAUGGACACGACGAGGAGUAAGAUGCAGGACAAGAUCGCCGAGACGUUGGCCGACAUCGGGAUCGAGUACGAGACGGAGAAGAGGUCCGCGGACGGCAACUUCUCGAUGGACUUUUACCUGCCGCGGUACGACGUCGCCCUGGAGUACGACGGACCCAGCCACUACUACAGGGCGUGGCGCGACGAGGACAGGGCGUUCCCGAGGACGCCCCCGGGGUUUCCCCGCGACGAGGACGUGUCCGUGAUGAGAGUCCCGCUGUGGACAGUCGGUAAGGAAAAGACGAUCAAGACGAUUCUUCGCGACGCGCUACUCGAGCGCGGUCAGGUGAGCAAGGUGGUGACGGUUCACGCGCACGAGGCGUUCUGGUUCGAGAACAAACGAGGCAGACGGCGGAUGUUCAUGGAAAACUUGCUCAGGCGGGAGUUGGGCAGGCCGAUGACGCCGGGAACGCCGGAGUGGCGGUUCGACGAGUCGGGUACAAACGGGGAGGAGGAGGCGGUGUCGGACGGCGUGUCUGACGCCACGUCGGACGCCAUGUCGGUGGAUAUCGAUGACGUGUCCAGUGGGGAGACGUCCUCGUCGACGAGCCGCGCUGAGCUGGCGCGGCGGUGGAUCCGCUCGCUGCCGUCGAAGUCGCGCGAGAGGCUGGAGCGGCGACUGGAGCGGGCGGCAAACGAGGUGGAGAUGUGGACGCUGGUGGCGGCGUCCGCGGAGGGGGACGUCACGAAGGUGAGGGCGGAGUUGCGACGGGAGGUUUUGGAGGCGCGCGCGUGA